AGAUGGAAAGAGAGAAACAUAGAAAUGUUGCCUCUCAUACGUGCCCUCACCAGGAUUGAACCCACAACCUAGUGUAAAAAGUGGAUAGUGGCUCACAUGUCAAAGGAUGGGACGGUCACGCUCUAGAUCCCCCAGGUGGAAACAUAGGUCUUUAUCACCAAUACCUAGAAAGUCUGAAAACUACAAGCAAAGAUGUUCUCAUGAGCAUUAUUGCUUCGAAUAUAGGAAGGAUCUGAAAAGAUCCACUUGUAGAAUGAACGAUAAGAAACAUGGACAGAGUAAACCAAGGAUUUCUUCUCAUGAAAGUGCACAUUACCGAUGGUAUGAACAUAGAUCACCUUCUCCAGACAGAAGAAGCUCUUUAGACGAUUUUUAUUCUUAUCAGCUUUACCAAGAAUAUUCACCACGAAGAAGGGACAGUAGCAGGAGAUCUCAGCAUAUGUCCAGAUACUCAGAAGAUGUACCCUAUGAAGAGUAUUGCUGGGAUUAUCCUGAGGAAAUGCAAGGGAGGUAUUCUCCUGAUGACUACAGAGUUAGAAGAAGUGGAAAAGGAGGGCAAUCACCUCAGAGGUCAAUAGAAGAUUCUUUUAGAUUUGAAGAAAAGUGGCACGAAGAUGACUUGAGUUACCAGAUGAUGCAAGAUGAAAAAUAUUCUCAGUCAUUUAGAAGAGGCUCUGAAGAUUUUGAGGAAAGGAGCUCUUUUCAGACAAGGUAUCCUGAGGAUCGCGAUUACAGAAAAUACAGACACACAUCAAAAAGAUCUGCAGGCAAGAAGAAGCAUGAAAACAGAGACUCUUCUAGAAACUCACAUCGGAAAUCUAGGCAUUAUCUUCCACAUUACCAAGAAAAGGAAGAUCAGUGGAACCUUCGACACCGAUCUCAUCGACAUGCUCGGAGGAACUCCCCAGAGACCAGUUCAGCAACCAAGGUAUCCAGGGACUAUCACCACAAACAUCCUCAGACCUCAGAUGAGGACCAGGACUUUUCUGAUGGAAGGACUCAGAAAUACUAUAAGGAGGAAGAUAGAAAAUACAUUUCUCAAAUAGAUCUUGCAGAAAGAAAGUCCAGAUAUUUUAAUACUAGAAGAGACAGAGAGACCGAAGAUGGGCAAGUCAAAGAAGCUUCUAAACCAUCUAAGAAAGACUGUUCUCCCUCUACUGAUUCAGAUAAAAACAAUGUUAUUUCGAGUCCCUAUAAUGGCAAACGAAAGAAGAAAAAAAACAAAGAAGGGGAUGGCAGAAGAGAGGGCAACUCUUCCAGUUACCAGUUUGGUAAAAGUGAAUAUUCACCUGCUAGUCUUAGGAAGAAAUCGAAAUCACUUAUAGUUAAAAUAGAUGUGAAGGACACAGUAAAUAUACCCAGGAAAAGUAAGAACUUUCAUCCAGUGUUUGAACAUCUUGUCUCAACUCAGAAUACUGAAAACAAAUCUACAGGAGAAUUUUCUCAGGAAAUCAUAACUGUAAUUCAUCAAAUUAAAGCAAAUACUUUUUCAUCAUCUGGCGUUACUCUACAUGAGCGUUUCUCAAAAAUACAAGAUACACCAGCUACAAAAGGUGCAAAUGAACUUAAAUCGAAAUUAGAUCCAGAAAUUCACAGGAAAAUAGAUAUGUGUUUGGCCGAGCUUCGGAAUAAACAAAAUACGGUAUGUGGUUCAGAACAGACUCAGGUCAAAGUAAUAGAUCCAAAUGACCUACGACAUGACAUUGAAAGAAGGAGAAAAGAACGGUUACAGAAUGAAGAUGAGCACAGUUUUCACAUAGAUAGUGCUGCAGAGAGGAAUAAUCAGUUUUCCUGUUUUUCAUCUCAUGAUGAUAGCUUCUCAAACCCUCAUUGUGUUACAAGGUCAAAUUCUAGAAAGUUUAUUCAGACUCCUUACACGGAUUAUACUAUGCAGAGAAACAACAACAGUACUCACAAGGCAUUUAAAGUUGAGAGAAACCAUCAAAACAGAAGGGGCUUCAGAUCUUUUAAGGCCAAGUUUAGAGGUGGCAGGCUGAAGCCCUAUUGUAAAUCAGGCCUAGUAAAGAAGAGCUUGAACAUUCAGGCUAAAUAUCAGCGUUUACGGUAUGCUGGUUCAAAGGGAUUUUUCACUAAAAAAUACAGAGACAGAUUGCUGAGGAAAAAAAAGGAAUAUGCAAACAUUGGCACAGCAGUUUAACGGGGAAUUGUUGCAAAUGGAAUCAACACUACAGAACAUUUGAGAGCAUCUCUGUCAGGUGUUAUAAUUGACAAUAAAGCACUAAUACUGUAACUUUCUUGAUAAAAGAACUAUUUUUUUGUAGUGGAAUGCUGCAUUUUUGUACACUUACUUGCUUUUAAAGUAUUUAAUUGAAAAGCUGUAUUUACUACAGUUUCUUUUGCAAAAAGUCUCAAAAGGGCAUUAUUUGUUGAAUUUUUCUCUGAGCAUGGUUUCAUAGGGAACUUAACUGAGUUAUAUUCAAAUGUUUACAUGUUGAAAGUUUUGCUUAUGUAAUAAAAAACAAAAGUAUCUGAAUUGUAUAGUGUCUGUACAUGAAAGAACUUUAAACAGUGGCCUUAUGGUAGCAAAUUUUAUACCAGAUUUGUUUCCUGGUGAUAUUUUGACUUAUAACUUGAAGUUUUCUUAAGUUUCUGAGGCUUAAGGCCUAUAUAAUUCAUACAUUUCAUAUUAUGAUCUAAGAAGGCGAGAGAAAAGGUGCUUCCAAAUAUUCUAUCAGGUAGUUAUGAGUGCACUGAAUUUUUAGCAAUUGGUUCAUUCAGUUUUUUCCAUAACUGUUGGCUGUUUUAGGGUUUUAAAAUGCUAUUGUGAAAAAUAUGUGAAGAUUUUGUAAUCUAUAUUUCAUGUUACUUUCCCUCAGGGCAAGCUUGUGCAUAUCAUAUUUUUAAAGGCUUUUAAAAAUUUUGACGAAGUCUCAUAUUUGGAAAUUGUACUUUACUACUACAGCAUUACACAUUUUGCAAGCACAUAUUACAAACUAUUUUAAGUUCAGUUGUAUCGAAUAUCUACUAUGUAUAAGAUAGAAUGGAUGGGAUUAUAAAUGAUAUUUUAGGCUUUAAUAUCUUAUUUCUUUAUGUUUUCUGUGUUCUGCUUAUUAGUACCUCUACAUUCCCAGUUGAAGUUUGUGAAAUGUUUAUUGGUAACAAAAUAAAAAAUUGUUGUUCCUUA